GUGCGACCAGGAAGUUCCAUGCUGAAAGUGAAAGUUCGACGCUGAAAGUUGCUACCUGAAAACUGAUCCAGGUUGCCAUGGCCAGAGUUCCCACCUGACCCGGUGUGAGCAGUAAGUCAUCAUGGCUGGGAGACAACAGGGCAGGCAAACAGUUGAUGAGGAGGAAUAUUUUGACAAAGUUGUCAAAGGCGUCAGCCACAAAUGGGACGACCUGGCCCGGAAGCUAGGAUUUGACCGGAAUGAGAUCAAAGGCAUCGGAACAACAGAAUCCAGUCCUGACCACAGGUGCAGAGAAAUGCUGAACAGAUGGAGAAACAGGGAGGGAAGGAAGGCUACUCUACAGGUUCUGAACCAGGCACUCAUCAACAUUGAUGAAAGGCUGACAGCAGAGAGUUUAGAUGGCAAGAAAACAAGACGGAAAAGGAAGAGAAAAAGAAAACCAAAACAGUCCAAAGAAGACAAUUCAUCAGAAGAGUCAUCUUUGAUGGGGAAUGAUCCGCAUAAUGGACCUUCCCCCAGCCACAACUAUUUCAUACCUGUAGCCAAAGCUGUUGGGUCCUACUGGGGAAAGUUCGCAGUAGAACAGCUGGGUCUGACGGCAGAAGACGUGGUGAACAUCCAGGUACAACAUCCCAGCAGCACCGAGCGUCAGGCGUUACAGGCCCUGGAGCUGUGGAGGGACAGGCGUGGCAGGAAGGCCUGUAGGGAGAAGCUGGCAGGAGCUCUCAGGAGGGGAGGGUUCAUACAGACUGCAGAUGAACUUGACAGACACAAUGGUCAUGAAGUCAAAGUAAAUGGACUCAUCACAGAGCAGGCUGCACACAUUCCUAACCACAUUCUACAGUGGACAGAAUCAAAUGGUACCAACGGACGGGACAGAGUGGAACAGAGAGCGGGGACAAGCAGUCGUCCCCUCAUGCAACCAUUAAUUGUCAAACUGGAAGGAAAACAGCAGAAUGGGAAGAGCAGCAGGAAAAGGAGAAAACUUCAGAGUAGAGCCGCAAGACAGAAAAAAAGGACAAAGGUUGACCCUGAGGCAGGGGAGAUGCCUGAGUCUAUUAAAGCUUUCCUCAAAAAGGCCAAACGUGGAUGUGUACUUUGCUAUCUUGACUUCGCUGAUGUCGGCUGUUACGACACGUUUUGGCGCGGCUACAGUGACGGGAGCCUGUCCGACACCCUGACCCGAGAACUGAUCACAGACGACAUGAGGGCAGCAGAGGGAGGAGCAGACUUGUACAUACAUGUCCGAGUCCUGCACUCUGCUACAGAGGAGGGAGACUUCUCAGACCAGGACCCAAGUGGCACAGCAGACCGAGGCCCCCCACAUCCUGGUCGAUCUGGGGAACAUACAGGACAGGGUCCUCCUGCACCAGGCAGCAGUAACCAUGGUGAUGACACGCCACCUGGUUACCAUGGUGAUGGACCAGGUGGGCUACAGGUGCCAGGUGGUGGUGACGUCAUCCAGGUGAAGCAGGAGCCAGCUGAACAGGUGCCGCCCUGUUGCAUGAUGGGAAAUGUGAAAUCAGAACUAGACGAUCAGCUAUCCACCGUUGCUGACCAUCUGGGUUCCAUGUGGGAGCGGCUGGCUUUGUCUCUCGGCUUCAACUCUAACUACAUCCGGGACCUGACAGCCACACAGCCCCCCUCCCUCCGUCCUCGCCAGCUCAUCUGUGAUUGGAUGGAGAGGAACUUAGGUGACGUCACUCUGGAACAGUUGGUGCAGGCCCUGAGGGAUGCUGGGAUACAUGAGGUUGCAGAUGCAGCAGCUUCUGGUCAAAUUUUCCUGACAGAAGUGGAAUCUGAGGCUACAAAAGGGAAGCCAGAUGGAGACAUGGAUACCGCCGGGCCUGAGGGUGGGGAAAGGAUACCAGAUAGUGAAUCAGAAACAGGUGGUAGCAACAUGGAGGCAAGUAGCGUAUCUGAGGAAGAUCGAAGCACAUCUCUAGAUUCUGAAUCCCAGAACAGUACAGUCAGCCCUCCCAUAUAUCCAACAGGAGAAGACGCCUUGGCCUGGAAUGACUACAUCCAAGACUUCUUCAAGACUGAUGAAGACACGGCAAGGUCUAUCCAGAAGAGCUGGCCAAGUAACUUACUGGUUAAAAAACUAGAUCUGACCUCACAUUAUUGGCGUAAUAAUUCGUCAAUACCGCUCACUAAAAUUAGUCUUCUACUACAGUUCCUCCCUCAGCUCCCCAACUUGGAGGAGAUAGAUCUCAGUCAAAAUAACAUUAGUUACGAGGCAGUGCCUGGGCUUGCUGAAGGUCUUGGUUCAUGUCAGAACCUGAAGAAGGUGAACCUUAGUCAUAACAAGUUGUCUAACAGGGGAGACUUCUUACCUCCCCUCCCCAACUUGGAGGAGAUAGAUCUUAGUGACAAUACCAUUAGUGAUGAGGCAGUGACGGGUCUUGCUAAAGGUCUUGGUUCAUGUCAGAACCUGAAGAAGGUGAAUCUUAGCUAUAACAAGUUGUCUGGUAGGGGAGAUUUCUUACCUCCCCUCCCCAACUUGGAGAAGAUAGAUCUCAGUAACAAUGCCAUUAGUGAUGAGACAGUGCCUGGUCUUGCUGAAGGUCUUGGUCCAUGUCAGAACCUGAAGAAGGUGAAUCUUAGUCAUAACAAGUUGUCCGAUGUUAGGAAACUGACUGAAUGUUUUACCAACCUUCCCAUUCUGACGCUUGUACAUAUUGAGGACAAUUCCAUCCGUGACGAGUCCCUCCCCGCCAUAGCUGCAUGGCUGAAGGUUAGCACAGCUGUGCAGAAUGUCUGGCUGUAUGAUAACAGGUUCAGUGCUGAAGAAGUCCGUGAUUUUGUAAGAACCAUGAAGGGCAAGUCUUACGGGUACGGGUGGGAUGACCUGUAUGACGGCAACCUGGCUGAUGUGGGCGAGGCCGUGGAGGCAGGUGGGGAGGGUGCACGGAGGGAGGAACAGCAGUGGGCGAGGUUGAGGAGGGAGACAGGUUGGAUACAUAUAAAGGUCGGACAACUGACUGUUGGGAUUAGUCAUGAAGGCCCCAGAUCAAAUAAUACACAGCUAGUAUCACCCUGA